AUGGCGGACCAUUCACAAAUUCAGCAGGAAAAGGAAGUGGCAGGGGCCUGCCUUGAGCCGGUCGAGACUGGUACCUCGUACCAGCCCCCCAAGAUAGGGACAUGGAGGCGUCGUCUGAUCAUGCUCUCUCUCUGUUUGACACUCUUCCUUUCAGCUCUCGACAUUACUAUCACUUCGACUGCGCUGCCGACUAUCGCCAAUCAACUCCACGUCACUGCUCGAGAAUAUGCCUGGAUUGGUAGUGGCUACACCUUGUCCACGACGGCGUCGACGCCAGUAUGGGCAAAGCUCUCAGACAUUUUCGGUCGGAAGCCCACGAUAAUGAUAUCGACGGCGAUAUUCAUGGGCGGAAGUCUUAUUUGUGCCCUGGCCCAUUCGAGUACGACACUCAUCGCUGGCAGGGUGGUCCAGGGACUUGGUGGUGGGGGCUCCACUGUGCUCAUCACCAUCAUCAUUGGCGACCUUUUUGCUCUGGCGGAGCGUGCGAAAUAUUACGGCCUCACGGGUAUUGUCUUCGGAAUUGCCAGUGCUGUUGGACCUGUCCUAGGAGGCAUCUUUGCGCAGGCCGUCAGUUGGAGAUGGUGCUUUUACAUCAAUCUCCCCUUCGAUGCCGUCGCCUUGGUCGUCCUCUUCUUCACGCUUAAAAUCGACAUCGAGAAAGAGCCGGUGGUGGAUGGACUGCGUAGCCUUGACUGGAUGGGAUUCGCCCUCAUCAUCGGUGGCACCAUCUGCUUCCUUUACGGCCUUGAGGCUGGUUCUGGCGGACUUGCGCCUUGGGAUUCAUCGCUUGUCAUUUGCUUGAUAGUCUUUGGAGUCGUCAUCUUGGCUCUAUUCAUGGCCUGGGAAGCCAAAUUCGCCAAAACGCCCAUCAUCCCCUUCCACAUCUUUCAGAGCACGACGAAUAUCGCCUCGUUCACGGUUGCGUGUUUACACUCGUUCAUCUUCAUCUCGUACGACUUCUUCCUCCCUCUUUACUUCCAAGUCAUACUAGGAUUCAAGCCCAUCAUAUCUGGAGUCACACUCUUUGCCCUCAUACUACCCAUGUCCUUUGUAACGCUGCUAGGCGGAUAUAUCGUUCGAAGAACUGGAAACUUCAAGAUUCUCAUCACCAUCGGAGCUGGCUUAAUGACUUUGGGUACUGGGUUAUUCAUUGAUCUUUCUCAGAGUGUUCAGUGGGCCAAGAUCACAGUCUUCCAGCUUAUCGCUGGUAUGGGAUCUGGAGUGCUGUUCCAGAACCCCAUGAUCGCUCUACAGAGCCAUGUCCACCACAGGGACUUGACGGCGGCAAUGUCAGCAUACACGUUUCUACGAAGCCUAUUCACGUCUAUUUCUAUCGUUGUGGGAACAGUGUUGAUCCAGAGAACCGUCGGUGGUGGAAACUUGACGUCUGUCUCGCACGAAGAGGGAUCGGCUACGACCGAUAAGGAGGACUAUAUGAGCGGCUUGCGCAUCAUGUGGGCAUUCUACACAUCCCUAGCAGGACUUGUGUUUCUGGUAUCUUUUCUCAUCAAACCUAAGCAGAGUAAAAAGACGGAUCAUGUUGAAUCGGGCUCGAAUUAG